GUGUAAGUUAGCGGACCAGGAUGCAGCUCGCCUUAGCUGUAGUAAUGACGCUCUGUCUGGCGUGGCAGACCGCCGCGAGGGCAUACGAUAAGGAAUGGGACAAAUGCCGGAGACAGUACUUAGAACUUAAGGCAGAGGUCCAGCAUUUACAGGAUCUCAUUUCACAUCUCCAGCAUGCUGUAUCAAAGUGUUCCAAACACUACAUUAAAGGUCCGCAAGGUGAACCCGGACCUCCUGGGCCAGUGGGGCCUAAAGGCAAGCCCGGAAAGAAGGGAGAGAAAGGCGACCCAGGAAUGAGAGGACCAGUGGGACCUAAAGGCCAUCCAGGACCUCCAGGUCCAAAAGGCGAUAAAGGACCUCCAGGGCAUCCCGGAAUACCGGGCCUGCCGGGCCGAAAGGGUAACAGAGGAAUUCCCGGAUUGAAAGGAGACAUGGGUCCACCAGGUCCUCAAGGGGAAAAAGGAGAGAAAGGAGAUAAAGGAGAAAAGGGUGAACGAGGAGAACAGGGAAUCCAGGGAGAACGAGGGGAAAAGGGGGAUCCAGGUCCCCAGGGCGAGAAGGGCGAUCAGGGACCCCAGGGCAUUCCCGGUGAACAAGGACCCAAGGGAGACAGAGGGCCAAAAGGAGACACGGGCCCUCCAGGUAUACAAGGCGAAAAGGGUGACCCCGGCGAUCCAGGUGAGCAAGGACCUAAGGGAGACAGAGGUGAAAAAGGAGACAGAGGCCCUCGAGGUCCAAAAGGAGACCCGGGCGAAAGAGGACCCACUGGUCCCCGGGGACACCCAGGAGUUAAAGGGGAUAAAGGAGAGAAGGGAGGGGGAGAAAAGGGAGAUAAAGGAGAUGUUGGACCUCAAGGUAUACAGGGCCCAAUGGGUCCCAAGGGAAAUAAAGGCGCGAAAGGGGACAAGGGAGACCCCGGGGAGCCGGGCGAGAAAGGAGAUACAGGGGCUAAAGGUGACAAAGGGGAGAAAGGUGAUAAGGGAGACCCAGGGCCCCAGGGAGAAGUCGGACCCAAGGGGGACCAAGGUCCUAAAGGAGAUACUGGACCGAGAGGUCACCCAGGACCCAAAGGACCACCGGGUCCCAGAGGACAUAGAGGGCCAAAGGGGGACAAAGGGGAUAAAGGUGAAAAGGAUAUGUAUCCUUACUGA